AUGGCUCUCAAUAUUGCUGUACCGAUGUCGGGGGUAGGAGACCUCCUGGAAGGGUUUGGAUUGCUCUCGCCGAUUUCACCUGUCAGCAUCGGCUUCCAUAGCAACAUAAAGACGCCGUUAUCACCCGUUGGCAGUGAAUCGAGUGGCGUAAGUUCUUUGGAUUUGGAAGAUAUCAAGAAACAAAUACCUUCAUCGCCAACCCUUACUGACGAGAACGAGGAAGCAUCGGCCUCAUCAUCUGGUUCGGUUGCAUCUCCCUCGGACUCGUCGUCGCUAUGCGCAGCGACGACGAUAUCGACUACUUCGUCUAGAACAUGCUCCACUUCCUCUUCCUCUUCUUCAUCCCCAUCAUCAUCGAACUCGGAUGACGAUACGAACCUCUUGGAAGAAAAUGAGGAAAAACAACCAGGAGAAUCUAGAGAUAGUGAUUUGCCAUCUUCGCCAUCUCCGACAGCAUCGCUUGGGUCGGGUGUAGUCGAUCCGAACGCCAUUUUAUCAGGCUCCCCGUCUUGGACCGAGCCACUGGACUUGCAGAAGGAGCUUCCGUUCUCCUCGCCAACCCCUACAACAGAGCCCAUUUACAGUGUGCCUCAAAAAUCGAUUAUAUAUGGCAAUCGCGAUAUUCUCGAUUUGGGCAGCAACUUACGCAUAUCCGACGGCAUUCCAGGAGGCUUCUCUUGCCAGUACGCAAUGCUGCCGGUGACGAACAAUAUUCAAUUUUUCCUAAAAAAUCGCUCCCAAUAUCAUCGACUUGGCCCAAACGGUCACGUUCAGGAGUUUGGACUUGCUACGUGCUCGUGUUGCGACUUUCAGUUUCCGGUUAAUGCUGUUAGUUGCAAUUCGGGAGCCAAUCAAGCUGCUACUCAAGUCAGCGCCACUCUCAACUUAUCAAGCCUUAACGCCAACCAAAUCUACGGUAACUUGCAGCAACAGCAGCAGCAGCAAUUGCUGCAACAUCAGCAGCAGCAACAGCGUCUGCGCCUUCAGCAGCAGCAACAGCAGCAGCAGAUGCAGUACGGCUACCGAUUUAACAACGGCAAUAAUGGUAGUAAUGGUAAUGGCCUGAACCGUGAUUUCAACAUGUAUCAACAAUCGGCGGUACUGGGAGCCAAUGGCACCGCUGGUGGUCUGCAGUCAUCGCGCUUCAACAAUGGCGUUUAUGGAUCUGGAUCCGUUUCCUCUGUUGCUGCUGGAGGAACUACACCGAAUGUACAGACCGGAAAUAAUGGUUUCUACAACAACACUGCUCUCGGCAACAACUUACAGGGUCGAGAUCAACUCAACCAGAUGUCAAUCAUGUCCAUGCAACAGUACAACUCUAUCGGUGCUAAUUCUAAGGGAAUCUCUCAGCCAAACAGCGCCUCUGCGCAGCCAUCUCCAUUUCGUCAGCAGUACGACAUGCUGCAGCAGCAAAAGCAAUAUGGUAACAAUUACCCGCUGGGUGUAGGCGUUAACUCUAGCACCAAUUCAGCGAACGUUACUACAGCGGCACGUCUGCAGCAGCAGCAGCAACAACAACAAUCAUCGCAGUACUAUAAGAAGAACCAAGCGAUGCGCUUUGGUGGAGCACUGUCUUCAGGGGCAGGGGCGAGCGGUAUGCUGUCCAGUGGACCAAAUGGGAAUGGCAAUUGGAAAAAUCAAACCGCCAACAACAAUACUAUCCAAGAUACAGCCUCCAAAUUGUAUAACGAGCUCAAGAAAAUGCAACAACAGCAAUCAACUUACCAAAACGUUCCAUUCCAAACCAUACCUUUUUGGUAA